AUGAGGCGGUCCAGAUUCACUGGCCGAUCCAAACCCAACAAGACAGAAUUCGGCUGGUACUUCGCUGGCGAGCCAAUGGACAAGAGACACUCCCGAAGCGGGCGAAUCAGGCUGGUUCGUUACGGACCUGAGAUGGAAACUUGUGUCCACAGUCGAUGCCCGUCGCCAUCUCCCAUUUCAGAACAGCCAUCUUGCCCCCGCGGUAAUAGAUGCGAGGUUCACCCCCACGAGGCACGCUCCUCAUCCCCAAGCAACACCGAUUCCUCUGGUUAUGAGGCAGCCAGGAGGUACUGUGAACGGUGCCAUAGUAUCAGACGCGAGUCUGGGUCCCCUCCACAGGUGGAGAAAGUAACCUGCUCCUGCCACAAUCGAUGUGAAUGUCACUCUCAUGAAACACGCCCAGUCACGCCAAGUAGCAGUGAUUACUCUAGCUCUGAAACAGCCACAAAACGCUAUGGUAGCCGUCACUCAGCAAGGCGCGAGCGUCGUUCCAAAGAGACACGUCCCACCACACCGAACAGUAGUGAUUUUUCAGACUACGAACCAUCCAGAAGACGCCGAAGCGGCCACCGCACCGGAAAGCGCGAACCAGAGCACCAUCCGCAGGUGGAGGUAUGCCAAUGUGAGGCCCACGCACCCCCUCCCAGCCCACCUACCAUUUCAAGCCAGAGAUACAACUCCGCCCGUGCAUCGUUCACGACAGCACCACGCUCCAGCCCGAUAGUUCACCGCCAUCACUGUCGCAAGGCGUCUUAUUGCGAACUCCACCCGGAGCUCUGCCGAGCUUCGAUGCCUGCACCUUCGCCGGUGCCGAGAUCAAUUCCAACUCCGACCCGCUCUCCCCGGUCGAGUGAGAAGUCCCGUCCCAGCUCCCGAGUCAAACCAGAGCCGAAUCGCACUUUCAGGCGGUCUGCUUCUCCUCACAAGCAGGCGCCUCCCCCAAAGCCAGUAUCUCCACCUAUUCCUACAUCUUCCAGGGCUGAUGUCCAAUAUUGUAGCUGUUGCUAUAUGGAUGGGUACCAUGCUGAUGACUCUGGUUAUUAUACUCCUUAUGAUGACACUGCUUCUGAGACCUCUAUUCAGGCCAUGCCUGACCAUGAUAGGGAUGUGGAUGAGAGACAUUGUGCUUUUCAUCACCGAUGUCGUCCGAGGUUUGAGCGGGGGCUUGGCUGGGUGUGUGGGAGGAAGUGA